CCCGAGCCUGUGAAGCACUUCCGGUUUGUGCCAGCUCGUGCGGCUCAUUGUGAAGCUGAGUGGAACUGAAGUUUAUCAAACAGGAGGAGAAGAAGAAGAAAAGAGCAGAGAUGGCUCGCAACGCUGAGAAGGCCAUGACGGCUCUGGCUCGGUUCCGACAGGCUCAGCUGGAGGAGGGCAGAGUGAAGGAGCGCAGGCCCUUCCUGGCCUCAGAGUGCUCUGAGCUUCCUAAAGCAGAGAAGUGGAGGCGACAGAUCAUCAGUGAGAUCUCUAAGAAGGUGGCUCAGAUCCAGAACGCGGGUCUGGGUGAGUUCAGGAUCCGGGAUCUGAACGAUGAGAUCAACAAGCUGCUGAGGGAGAAAGGUCACUGGGAGGUCAGGAUCAAGGAGCUGGGAGGACCUGACUAUGGGCGUGUCGGGCCGAAGAUGUUGGACCACGAGGGGAAGGAGGUUCCUGGAAACAGAGGAUAUAAAUACUUUGGAGCAGCCAGAGAUCUUCCAGGAGUCAGAGAACUCUUCGAGAAGGAACCGGCCCCGGCGGUGAGGAAGACGAGGGCGGAGCUGAUGAAGGAUGUGGAUGCUGAGUAUUACGGCUACAGAGACGAAGAUGACGGCGUCCUGCUUCCUCUGGAGGCUCAGCACGAGAAGCAAGCCGUAGCGGAGGCGUUGGACAGGUGGAGGACAGAGAAGGAGGCGCGGCUGUCAGGAGAGAAGGAGGAGGAGGAGGAAGAGGAGAGCAUCUACACGGUGCACGAUGAAGAGGCUGAUGAGGAGAGCAGAGAGGAGGGGGAGGGGGAGGAGGGAGGACAGACCUUCAUCGCCCAUGUCCCUGUUCCGUCACAGAAAGAGGUGGAGGAGGCUCUGGUCAGGAGGAAGAAGAUGGAGCUGCUGCAGCGUUACGCCUCUGAGACGCUGCUGGCUCAGAGCCAGGAGGCCCGCACCCUGCUGGGCCUGUAGGGGGCGUGUGUGUGUGUGAGUGAGUGUGUGUGGGUGUAUGUUUGAGUGGGUGUGUGUGUUUGAGUGGGUGUGUGGGUGUGUGUGUGUGUGUGUGUGGGUGUGUGUGUGUGUGUGUGUGGGUGUGUGUGUGUGUGAUGUAAAUAAUGUCAGAUUUUUGUACCUGACUCUGGUCUGUUUUCUAAUAAAACUGGCUUUUUCAGCC